CGCGCCGCCUUCGCCGCGCGCUCCUCCUCCUCCCUUUCUCCCAGCCGUUCCGAGGCCCGAGCGGCUCUGCCCAAUGAGGAGCGGCGUUGCUGGCAGGUGGGGAGUGUUUUUGUUUUGGGUUGAAGUUGAGGCUGAGGAGAGAGAGGAGCUAGCGACCAGCAGUCGCCGCCGCCGCCGCCGCCGCCACCGCGGGAGGUGGUGGAGGACCGGCCGUUGCCGAGCGGCGUCCCUUCCCGGUCCGACGGCCCGUGCCCUGCCCCUCCUCCCGGUCCCCGGAACUCCUGGGCCUGCCCUGGGCCCCCUGUCUUUGCACUCCGCACGCCGCAGCGCCCGGCCGCGGCCGCAUCCGCCGGCCUCAUGAGGAGGGACGUGAACGGAGUGACCAAGAGCAGGUUUGAGAUGUUCUCAAACAACGAUGAAGCUGUAAUCAAUAAAAAACUUCCCAAAGAACUCCUAUUACGAAUAUUCUCUUUUCUGGAUGUGGUUACCUUAUGUCGCUGUGCUCAGGUCUCCAGGGCCUGGAAUGUUCUGGCUCUGGAUGGCAGUAACUGGCAGCGAAUUGACCUGUUUGAUUUCCAGAGGGAUAUUGAGGGCCGGGUAGUGGAGAAUAUUUCUAAACGAUGUGGGGGCUUUUUACGAAAGUUGAGUCUUCGUGGGUGUCUUGGAGUAGGAGACAAUGCGUUAAGGACUUUUGCACAAAACUGUAGGAACAUUGAAGUACUGAAUCUAAAUGGGUGUACAAAGACCACAGAUGCUACAUGUACUAGCCUUAGCAAGUUCUGUUCCAAACUCAGGCACCUUGACUUGGCUUCCUGCACAUCCAUAACAAACAUGUCUCUAAAAGCUCUGAGUGAGGGAUGUCCACUGUUGGAGCAACUGAACAUUUCCUGGUGUGACCAAGUAACCAAGGAUGGUAUCCAAGCACUAGUGAGAGGCUGUGGGGCUCUCAAAGCCUUAUUUUUAAAAGGCUGCACGCAGCUAGAAGAUGAAGCUCUCAAGUACAUAGGUGCACACUGUCCUGAACUGGUGACUCUGAACUUGCAGACUUGCUUACAAAUCACAGAUGAAGGUCUCAUCACUAUAUGCAGAGGGUGCCAUAAGCUGCAGUCCCUCUGUGCAUCCGGCUGCUCCAACAUCACAGAUGCCAUCCUGAAUGCUCUAGGUCAGAACUGCCCGCGGCUUAGAAUAUUAGAAGUGGCAAGGUGUUCUCAGUUAACAGAUGUGGGCUUUACAACUCUGGCCAGGAAUUGCCAUGAGCUUGAAAAGAUGGACCUGGAAGAAUGUGUUCAGAUAACAGAUAGCACAUUAAUCCAACUUUCCAUACACUGUCCUCGUCUUCAAGUACUGAGUCUGUCUCAUUGUGAGCUGAUCACAGACGAUGGAAUUCGUCACCUGGGGAAUGGGGCCUGUGCCCAUGACCAACUGGAGGUGAUUGAGCUGGACAACUGCCCACUAAUCACAGAUGCAUCCCUGGAGCAUUUGAAGAGCUGUCACAGCCUUGAGCGGAUAGAACUCUAUGACUGCCAGCAGAUCACACGGGCUGGAAUCAAGAGACUCAGGACCCAUUUACCCAAUAUUAAAGUCCACGCCUACUUCGCACCUGUCACUCCACCCCCCUCAGUAGGGGGCAGCAGACAGCGCUUCUGCAGAUGCUGCAUCAUCCUAUGACAAUGGAGGUGGUCAGCCUUGGUGAACUGAGUAUUUAAUGACACUUCUAGAGUUACCGUGGAGUCUCUCCAGUGGAAGCGGCCCAGUGUUCUGGGCAAGGUGUCCAGAACACUGCCCCAAAUGAGGGCAGUGUCCAGAUCCCCAGAGCCACACAUACAUAUGCAUAUACACCCUCACCCCCACCCUCUCUAGCUCUGUAACCAUGGGACUGAAGUCUGUGCUGGCUUAUUUAUCAAUUGGAUUGGUAAAACGUAACCAUUCCUGUGGGACAUGCCCAGAAUAAAAUCAUAGGCCAAGGUAGAGGAAGGGAGCUUUCCAACAAACCCAGUGUUGCUGCUCCUGCAGUUUCUUUUGUUAAGAGGUUUCUUUGGGGAGCUUGGAAAAGCAACUGCAGUCCUCCAUGGUUAAGGAAAGUAUGGAAAAAACAAUAUAUGAUGUAACCAGGGACCAGAAAGGAAAUGUCUUUGCAUCCUAGAAAUGGCAGCCUUCCAUUGUGAGAUGACGACAGAGCUUCUGUGCUUCCUUGUUUCCAUGCCAACAUGCUGAGCAUGCUCACAAAGAAGGCGUGUCCAUUCCUCCUGUGUUUCGGUAUUUGGCCCAGAGGUUUCCUAAAUAUUUGCAUUGAAAUCGCUGUGGUUCAAACGUGGUUACUUACUCACUCAAAUUGUCACUCUGUAGCACAUUGUGCACCUGUCUUCCAUUCUCUGUCGCUCCCUCCCGCACUCUUGCUGUCUGUCACCCAUUCAUAGGCUGCUAACUCGCACUCAGUUGUUACUCUUUUGCUGUUGUGUUUACAGUUUGCAUUUUGGAUGAAUAGUCGGGUUUACCAGACAUUUUUAAAAGAGACAUUAUCAAUAAAUAUUUUUUUAAUUCUAAA